UUCCAGAGUGGAGAAUGUGGUGGGGUGGAGGUGGGGCAUCGCCCCCCGAUUCAGAGGGUACAAACUCUCAGCUAGAUAUUGAGGGUACAAGCCCUAUACCAAUAAGAGGUAGGCGGUCUGAGGAUGGGAAUGUAUCCUCCAGUUCCUUGAGUUCCAGCUACGGGAGUCCGUCCUCCGACCUUAGGGACCUUAGGAACAUGAGGAACCAGUUUGAGGAUCAGGAAGAAUUGCUGGGACAGAUAAAAGCAGCGUUGCAGACCACAGCAAAUAAAAAUAAAAGCCAAGAAAAGGAGGACUAUGUUAGUCGACUCGCUCAAAUGCGACAGAAAGGAAAAGCUGGAGACAAAAGAAAAGUUUCGACUCCAAUUAAAACUGAACCUGAUAGUCCACCUGGGGGAGGAAAGAAGACGAGAGGGACUAAGAUGCAGGUCCUAAGAAAGCAGCUGGAAGAAACAAGGGCCCGUCAGGAGGCCGAGGCUGCUAGUAGGAAGGAUCUGGAAUAUAUGGUCUCCAACCUCCAGAACGAAAUCAGCAAGAGGGACAACAUGAUUGCCUCCCUGCAGCUCUCGAGUGUUAACUCCAGUGUCAUUUCGUCACCAUUCGUCAUGUCCCCUGAAGCAGUGAGUCCGGACUUCAGUCCAGGCAGUAUUACUCCGCCAUAUAGGGGACAAUCGGACUAUAGGGAACAAUUGUUGGCCAAGGACAACAAGAUCCUGGAGCUGUCGGAGCAGGUGGCGGACCUCGGCAGGCAGGUCUUCGACAUGGAGGAGAACCUUAGAGAGAAGGACGCGAUAAUCUCCGCCAGAACUCAAGCCGUUGGCCUGGCAGCUGCCAGUGUAUUUGCCAAGGGUAAGAACACCCUAGAGCAGCUAGAGGAUACAAGGGAGCAGCUGAAACUGCUCCAGGAGCGGUGGAUUGGCCAGGAGGCUGAAUGGAGGAAGGAGAAAGAACAGAAGAAGAUUGAUUUGGAGAUAUUGAGCGGGAAACUGGAAACGGUGACCCAGGAGAAGGUUGUGUUGGAGCAGGUUCAGCUGGAGCUGGAGAACAAGGGACUGGAACUAAGAGGAGAGGUGGGACGGGUUCAGGAAGAGCUCGGAGAACUCCGGAGUAGGACUAGAGAAGAGAGAAUACUUCUCGAGGCUAAACUCGAGGAACUAACAGAAGAAAAUACAAAACUAAACCAGGAAAUAAGAGAAAAGGAAUCUAUUCAUUCAGGUCGUGUAGCGGAGCUGGAAGGUAGAUUGAGGGAGGGACGGCAAGGAGAUGAUGAGGGUAGGAUAGCAGAUCUAGAGAUUUGUUUGGCAGAAAGGGAGGAGGAGAAAGGAAAUCUUCAACUCCGAAUUCUAGAACUAGAAGAGAUAAUUUCUACAGAGGGAAGAAUGAAAGGUCAGCUGACAGAAAUCCGAGAAAAUCUGAGAAGAUGUGAAGACGAUCUUGAGUCGCACAGCAGAGCAAUAACAAUGUUAGAGUCGGAGAAACUAGAUCUUAUGGAGGCAUUAGGUACUCGAGAUGACUUGUUGACUUCACGUGCUGAGGAGUGUGGCCGACUGGCUGGUCAGCUUGAAGAAGCGGCGAGAUCAAGGGUCAGCCUAGAGAUGCGUUGUUUAGAGCUAGAGGAGUCUAAAGACAGAUGGGAGGGAGAAAGGUUGGAGCUACUGCAGAGGAUAGAAGAAGAGAAAGAGGAAUCAAAACAAUCCUUGAAACCCCUUGAGGAGCUAUCCAUUAAAUAUCACCAGCUAAACAAGGAGCAUGACAGUUUUAAGGCGGAGCAUGCAGCUGCAUUAGAGAGAAGUAAACUUUAUGACACCGAUUUGAUGGAUAAAUACAAACAAUUAAAGGAGUUGAAGAUAGAGGUGUCUAGUCUGCAGAAGAUGAUCCAGGAGAAGAACAUGGAGCUUGCCGAGCACUUCCCCUUCAUAGAGGAGAAGGAUAAAGUCAUAUUGGAACUCAGGGAGCAAAUUGAGAGUAUUGAGGGACGAUUGAAUGAGAAGGAGAUGAAGUUGAAGAAGCUGAACCUGAUCCUGGAGCAGAGCAAGGACGCAGAGCACAUCCAGACCCUGGAGAACCAGCUUAAAGAGCUGACUAGCCAACUCGCCUGUUCUAAACAACACCUGGAGCAGAGAGAAUCUGAGCUUUCAGAUAUUCGGGAGGUUAAACACAACUUGGAGAUAAACCUUGAAACUCUAGCCAGUGAAAAGUCCAGCUCGGAGCAGGGAUGGCAGUCCCACAUGGACGCGGAGAAAAUCAGAUUCGAAAAUAUCAUUAAGGAGAAGGAUUUAAAUCUUGAAACUAAGGACAAGGAAUGUGAAACACUUAAAGAGAAGUUGAAUUCCUUGGUUGAGAAUAUGGAGAAGACGGAAAAAAUAAAGGAGCAGGACAUUUCUGAGUUAAAAGAAAAGAUUUCUAGUCUCUCAGUUACAUUAACCGCGAGCAAUUGCGAGUCUGAGAAUAAGCUUGAGAUUACCACGAAGGAGCUUGAAGCAAGAUCUAAGGAACUUGAAGUUAUAAAGGAAAACCUGUCAGAUGUUCAGACUAGGCUAGAAUCUCUCACCCGGGAGAGUGAGCAGAAAAUAAAUUUACAUGAAACCAGGAUCAAGGAACUAGAACAGGAGAAGAUGACACUAGACUCCAGCUUGGAGAUGUUGCAACAAGAAAAGCGUGCUAUGCAGGACAGUAAUAGUCAGCUUGAAAACUCCUUGACCUCAUUAAACAAUGUCAUCGAUAGUAUGAAGGAUAACCUCGAAAAAAUGGAAAAGGAAGAAGAACUAAAAAAUGGAAACAUUACUGCCUUAAAUGAGGAUAUCCUUGCAAAAUACAAGAUCAUUGAAGAUCUUCAGACUGAGCUCUCUGAAGUCAGGCAAAUCGAAAAAGCACUGAAAAUCGACAUAAUUCGUUUUGAAACUCUAAACUCCGGACUUCAGCUUGAACUGAACGAGGAGAAGUCUAGUUCUGAACAGCUGAGAAUUGAGCUGACCAGUAAGAGCAGCGCUAUGGAAACCCUGCAGACCGUGGUGGACGUCCUCAACAGAGAGACGGAAGAGAAGGACGAGAACACAAGCUCUGACCUGUUCAAGGAGAAGAUGGAGGAGAUGCAGAAAGAGUUGAAGGAGAAGAAUAUUCUCAUUGAAGAACUGAAGUCAGAUCAGUCUAGAACGGAAGAGAAGAAUGCAGAGCUGAGAUCCAAGAUUGAAGAACUAGAAAAGGAUUUAACAGAUUUUUCCGGAUUCACGGAUUACAUGAACAAAUUAAAAUCAGAAACAUCAGAGAAAUCGGAACAAAUCUUAAACCUGAAGCAGAAUUUGGAUCAGCUCAGACUAGAUCUUGAGUCCAAGGAUCAUAAAGUUGCUGAGCUCCGACUAAACCCCCGAGUCGAUGAUGGUGGGGAUAUGAUCCAGCUUCAACAAGAACAGAUCGAGAUGCUCCGAUCCCAACUGGUACAGAAGGCAGAUCUUCUAGAACAUGCUCAGUCGGAAGAAGGGUGUAAACUCCGUGUGUUGGAGUUGACGGAUGAGCUUGAGCUCCGCUGUCAAGAAGUCGAGGAUGUAAAGGCUGUCCUUCGAAGAUCGGAGGCUGAGAAGAGAGUUCUGGAGGAACAAAUAGAGAAUGUUGAACAGCUUCAACAAGAAAUUAAGAAGGAAAACAGCCAACAUUCGCAGGAGACUGAAGAAAAAAUGCGCGAAAUAAAGCAGGACCUUGAAAACAAAAUAGAAGAGUUGAAUCUUUUAUCACAAGAACAUACCUCCCUCAAAGAGAAAUACUAUUCCUCCAUGAAACAAUUGCAAAACUUGGAGCAGAGAUACAGCAGCCUUACGGAGCAAGGUUCUCCUGAAAUAUCCGUCCUUAUUAUAGAGAGAGAUGUGCUGAAAGAUAAGAACGAUAAGCUUAAGGACAUGUGUAAAAAAUACAUUGCUAAACUUAAACAACAAGAAGUCCGGCUUAAGUCAAGCACUGAGAAUAAAUUGGAAAACCCGGAGGAAGAAAAUUACAAAUCAGAGAUUGAAACCUUGAAGGUCGAGUUAACCGGUCUGAGACAGGAGCUGUUGAACCAGCAGGAGGUCGUAGAGAACUAUGAGGAGGAGGUGAAGAACCACUACACCAACCUUCAGCAGAAGUUCGACGAGUGUGAAAGGUUAGAAAAGGAGUGUGCAGAGAAAGAUAGUAUGAUCACAGACAAAGAUGAUCUUAUCAGAGAUCUUAAACAGAAGUUGGAGAAUGCUCCUGAAAACAUCACUGUGUGUGUUCCUGAAGAAGCAGCGCAUCAGCAGACUAAGAACGAGCUCGCCUCCAUUAGAGAGAAAUGUAAGAAACUCAUUGUCAAGGUUAAGCAGCAGGAUGCAUUACUUAAGCAGGAGGGCGCUCGGUUGAGAGCCGACAGUGUGCUUGAUGAAUCCGCGCUUGAAGACAAAUCCCGGGAAUUGGAAGAAGAAAUUAAAACCCGGAAGUUAUUUGAAGAAGAGAGAAUGCAUCUUGCAGAGAAGCUAGAAGAAGAGAAAUUAAAAUUAAACAUUCUUUCAGAUGAAAAUUCUGAACUGAAACUAAAGCUUGAAAAUCAUGAACAUCAAUUGAAAGCUUUGGAAACUAUAUCCAAGGAGAAGAUUGCCCUUUACGAUGUUCAGAACAGUUUAAAGGACGAACUGAAGAUCCUAAAGCAGGAGAAAGCUGCGGAAACCCUGAAGGUUGAACAGCUCCAGGCACAGAUCAGGAGUAUCCGGGAGGAAACCUUGAUUGCCCAGAUGCAGGCGUCCCCACUGCUCAACCAAGAGCCUGAACCAGCAUUUGCUGGAUUCGAGGAGGACGAUGGUUGGGCCUCACCAGACCCUCUUCCCCAGGUUCAAGAGGAUGAUGGGUUGAUGACUCCUGAACCUUCUGCUGUAGCAGUGCAAUCUGUUCAUGAAGGGGUUGACCCUGUUGCAGAUGUGGAGAAGGAUGGAGAAUCUAGGAAGAAAAACUCUGAUAGAUGGACCGGAUGGGAGACCAAGGAUUCCGGUGAUGAAGAAAAACAGGGUGACGGAUGGUUAGAUGACUGGGGAGGAGAUUCUGGUCAGGAUGACGACCAGGUGCCUGGUGUGCCAGAGCAUAAGGAGGACAGGGAACAGGUUGAAGUUGUAGAAGAGGACGGCCUAGGAACUCAAGGACGAACUCCUAAAAGAGAAGGGAACCAUUCUUCUCCUAGAAGCCUAGCUCUGCAAUGCAAGGUGGCGGAGAAGGAAAUGGAGAUGGAGAGUUUGGAGGAGGAGUUGAUCAACCUCAAGAUCAGGUUCCAGGAGAUCGAGGGGGACCUACUCAGAGUACAGGAUGAAUCGGAUCGGAAGAUAGUUCAGUUAAUGAAGGAAAGGGAAGAGAUGUAUCGGAGAAAUGAAGAGUUUGCGGAGAAUGAAACUAAACUCAAACAAACCCUUGAACAACUGAAGCAAAAGCUCCAGGAGGUUGAGGGCGUAGAGAACAAGGACGGACUCCUUCAGGAGAAGAUAAAGGAUUUGGAAACCCUGAACCUAGAACUCCAGACCUUAAGACAGGUUUCAGUGGAGUAUUCUCAACUGCAGACGAGGUUGAAUGAGUUGAGCGCAGUAUCCGAGUCCAACUCUGAGCUGGAGGAUCAACUGAUGAGGAUGAAGGAUGAGAAGGAGGAGGAGGAGAAGGAGAGAACUAGGUUGAAGGAGGACCUCCAGGAGUCCAGGGAAAGAACUAGAUUACUUCAAGCGGAGUUAGCUCAGGUAUCACAGGAACUUGAGACCUCGACCAACCUCAACUCUGACCUCCAGGAGAACCUCAAGCAGACCCUAGAAAAGGUCGAGGCCAGAGAAUUGAGAGAACGUGAACUUGAAUCCGUACUCUCACAGAUUAAUAACUCCCAACAGGAUGAAUCUGAUCGGAAGAUAGUUCAGCUAAUGAAGGAAAGGGAAGAGAUGUAUCGGAGAAAUGAAGAGUUGACGGAGAGUGAAACUAAACUCAACCAAACCCUGGAACAACUCCAGGCCUCUCGUCUUGCUGAGAGUAAUGCACUGGGGGAGCAAAUCAAAGAGAAAUCCGAAAUUCUAGAUGAAGUCUUGCUCCGGGUUGAGAACCUGAAGCAGACGAACGCUGAGCUUCAGUCCAGGUUGGAACAGGGAGAGGAGAGAAGGGAGGAGAUGGUUAGGGAGCUGAACCUGAGGAUCCAGGCUCUAGAUCAGGAGAGAAAUGAUUUACAGGAGGAGAGAAUAGACCUUAACAAGGAGGUGGAGAACUUGAAAAGUCUGGUUAAUGAAAUGAGUUUUGAGAAUGAUACACUUCAAAGAAACUUGUUCGAGACAGAAAAUAGCCUGACAAUUCAUACACAGAGGAUUAUUGACCUAGAGGGUGAGUUAAACCAGCUCCGACCGCCGAUACAGAACGCUCCACCACCUGAUGUUACAAACCCAGUUUCGGAACCAGAUGUUGCAAGGAGCAGUAGACGCAACCCUCCAGAUAUAAUGCCCGGUCAACCUGUGGAUCAAAUCCCGGCUGGUCAGCUGGAUCUUGUUAACGAUAAUGCAGCAAGCUGGUUCGAUAACUUGGCAGCUUAUCCACAAGGUAAUGACUGGGAUGGAGACAAUGCUGUUCAAGGUUAUCCAAUCCCUGAACCUUUACCUGAACCUGUCCCUCUUUUGGAUCCUAGAAUUGAAAUGGAUCAACUCAGGGUUCAACUUGAUACCCUUAGAAUUCAACUCAGUGAGAAAGAGGGUAUGGUUGGAUUCCUAGAAAGAGAGAAAGUUAUGCUAGAGCACUCCCAAACCCAGCUCCUCUCUGACUACAAGACUAUGUAUGAGAAGUGCUCCAGGUAUGAAGAGGAGCAGAGCAACCAGAUCCCUGAGUUAACCAGGACAAUUGAAACCUUAAGAACAGAGCUGGCCGAGCUUCAGGCUAGAGAGAUGGAGAUCAAAUCCACUGAGGUCGUUCAGAACCAACUUGCCUCAUUCUUUGGAGAUGUUGAUUCUGGUAAAAAAGAGGAGACAGAUGAACUGGAGCAAUUGCGCACUGAGCUUCAAUCUAAAACAUUAGAGGUUCUUAACCUUCAAUCAGAGCUUGAGAACUACAAAGUAAAGUUGGAAGGAGAACAAGAGAAAACAGGUUCAACAGAAGCGCAGAAAAUCGAAGCCUUGGAGGCUCAGCUUGAGUUUAAAACCAUGGAAUUGGCUGGACUUAUGUCAGAGCUAGAGAAUUUUAAGUUUAAAAGUAUCGAGGAUGAAAGCAUGAUUGGCUCCCAAACCCAGGAUUUGGCUGAUCUCGGAGAGUCUUUGGCAGCCUUGCGGUUGGAAGUCAUGGAUUUAAAAGCGAAGAUAUCAGAGCUUGAAUCUGUCAAGGGAAGCAUGGAGGAGUAUCUUGAGACUGUAAAAACCUCCCUAAUGGAGAAGGAUGGAAGUAUUGAGGAAUUAAGGACUAGUUUGGAGCAAAGAGAUACAACAAUACAACAGUUGAAUGAAAAUAUAGCUCAGCUUUACACUGAUAAUCAAACUGGAAUAGGUCAUAUCAAUGAUACUACUAAUGAUAAUAUUCCUCCUGAAGCAAAGGAAGAAGUAAAGUAUGCUGACCAGCAGGUGACAGCUAUGGAUAAUAAUGUCCAGUUUAAUAGUGAACCCCAAUCAGCUUCUGAUUUCUUUAUUGAUGAAGUUAUUGCUGCACCACAUGGGCUUCAGAGUGCUUCUCAAUUCUUUGAGGAAGUUUCAAGUGGGGACAAUGCUUUUACUGCUGAUCUUUUUGUCUCUGAGGUUAUAGCUCCUGAGCAUAAACUUACAACUGCGGCUCAAUUUUUUGCUGUAACUGCCUCAGGUUCAGAUGCAGCUUCCGGUUAUUUAAACAGCUCUUCUGACCAGCUAAUAUACGAUCCUUUUAGUCAACAUCACCAGUCAUCAGAGCAAUCUGUAAACAAUGCUGCUACAGCAUAUUUUGACUCCCAACCAGAAGUUGAUCUGGCUUUGUCAACACCAGAGAAUGUUGAACAGGUCCCAGCAGAGUCUGAGGCUAUCAUGACUGCUCAAGAGACAGUGGGAGAAAAAGUAGAAUUAGAUUACCAACAGGAAAUCAUCAACUACCAAGAGGCUAUUGCACAGUGGCAGGUUUGGGGAGAGCAGAAGUCUGAGGAGAUCAUUAAACUUCAAGAAAACCUCAACUCUGUAACUGAAGCAUAUAAUGGAACAGUUGAAGCAUAUAACACAGCUUUGGAGAAGCUUAAUUCCUUUUCUGAGGAGAAGAGUGAACCUGGAAGGUCAGAUGAUAAAGUAAAUGAAGUAUUGAAACUCAUGAAAAUCAAGGAUAUGGAACUUGAGGAAUUAAAGGAGACCAUUGAUAGGCUUGAGACUGAGAAACAAGAUUUGUUUGAAGAGCUUAGAGAGAGCAAAGAUCAACUAGGUGCUCUUGAAUCUGUAAGUGAACAGAUAGAUGCACUUAAGAACACUGAGGAUCUUUUGGAAGAGACUAGACUUAACUAUGAUAAAGCAAAGGAUUCUGAACAACAACUAAGAUCAAAGUUUGAACAAGUCCACCAUGAAUUGUCUGUGUUGAAAGAAACCUCAUCUAAGGAUCUGGAAUCUCUCCGCUAUGAACUUUCAGCGCAAAAGUCAGAAAAGGAUCUACUGCAACAGAAGGCAGAGAUAAACACAUCCCGUCUGGUGGAGUUGGAGAGAAGGUUGGAGGAGGAACAACGCAUGCAGGAAGAGGCUGCAGCAGAGUUUGAAGAAAUGCAGCUUGAAGUUGUCAAGUCACGAGAACAGGUUUCAUCUCUUACAUCUCAGGUGGAGUCCAUGAAACAGCAGUGUGUGAUGAAUCAAGGAUUAUCUCAGGAAUUAGAGCAGCUCAAACUGCAGCAGUUGUUAACUCAAUCUCAAAGUAUCUCUACUGAGGAACAAAAUUCACAAGGUGAAGCCAUGAAACCUCUGGAAAGUGCUGUUAGGGAAUCAAUUGACGGAGAGAAGCGAAAGGUUUUAGAACUUGAAGCAGAGCUGGAAAGUUGUAAACAAUAUCUUAAUGAUUGGACUGCCUGGUCAGAUACUAAAAAUCAGGAAUAUACUGCACUCCUUGAAGCCUACAAUUCAUAUGUGGAAGCAUACAAUACAAUGUCCACUGAGUACAAUUCGCUGAAAGAAUCCAACCCACUGACAUCAAAUGAAGAACUUGAAGCUCUGAAAACUACUUUAGCUGAAAAAGAUGUAGAAAUUGCUGGAUAUAUUUCCGAACUCAAAGCCAAGGAAGAAGACUUGGUAUCCAAAACAGCAUCAAUUGCCAAGAUGAGCAUCAGCUCUCAUUUAGGUAGACUAAUGGUGCAUAAGCAGGAAGAAACUUCCCUCGCACCCGAAAUUAAAUCUUUAAGCUUAAGUAAAACUGAAGAAGUGAACGUAAAGCCAGAUGAUGUUAAAGCUCUUAGUGUUGUUAAGAAUGAAGAAGUAAGCGUAGAGCCUACUGAGGUCCAACAGUCCCAGGACUGGGAUGAACCUGAAGGUUGGGGAGAGGAAUCCUCACCUGGCCAGGUUCCUGACCAGGUUCUUCAACUAGAGCAGGAGAUCAGUGAGCUGAGACAAGAGAUUAAACUGCUGCAAGGAACAAGAUCAGAGACAGAGACAGAGCUGAACAAUUCCAAGCUAAAGAACGGUAAGCUCCUGGUUAAGGUGAAAAGUUUGACUAAACAGAUUGAAACCUUGAAGAAGAGUGGUAGUUCUGGAGGAGGAGCUGAUGAUCUUGAUAAAGCUCUGGAGGAAGAGAUUAAUCACCAACUUGAAAAAUCCAGAACUGAAACUAAGGAACUCCAGAAGGAACUGGAGGGAGUGAAGGAGGAGAAGAAGAUGCUAGAGAGGAAGCUGGAGGUCCUGGAGUCCGGGAAUGACCGGAUGGUGGAGAUGAAAGAACAGCAGGAUAUGGAUGUGGAGUAUCUACGUGGGAGGAACAAGGAGCUGAAGGAGCAAGUGGAUGGGCUUCAAUGGCAGAUUGCUGAAGUAGAAGAGAGGUCAAGGGAAGAGCUCGCUGAACUACAGGUUGCCCUGAGCUCGUACAAGAACACCGAGGGAAUGGAUGUUGGUCUGGUCCAGAAGGAGAAUGCCAGGUUGAGACAAGAAAUCGUUAAUAUCUCUGGAGAGUUCAAUUCUCUGCAACAAGCUGCGGAUUCUAUUAGAGCGGAGCUGGUCGUGGUUACGGCGAAGUUAAAGGCCUCUAUAGUCGAGGCCGAGGAGUGGCGAGGACAGGCAGUGGAGGCCAGAGAGGAAAUAGAGUCACUUAAGCUUCAUAUAGAUGCACUUCAGAGUGAAAAGGGGGGUUCGGAGGAGUAUAUGGAGGCCCUGAGAUUAAAUGAAUCCUUGAAUAAUGAGAUUACUGGUCUAAAAACAUUGAUUCAAACUCACCCAGCAGCUCACAGUAGCCAAGGAGACAGUGGUCAGAUUGAACAGCUUCGAGACCGUUUACGACGUGAACAGGAGCUUGUACUACAACUAGAGCAGGAUCUGCUCGCCCGUGAUGCUGCUCUUGAACAGGCUAGAACACAACUAGAGUUGGUCAGAUCAGGACGGAGUAGGAGAGAAAGCUACUCGACGGACAGGGAGAUCAGUGUUUUCUCCGACCAGGACGGAUUGAGUGAAAACUACAGGUUGAAACAGGACCUGGAUACCAGUAUCCGGGAGAACAGGAGAUUAAGCAGCAGGAUCCAGGCCUGGGAGCAGGAACUAGAGAGAACACAGAACCUUGAUCAGGAGGGUCUCAGGGACGAACUCAGUCGAGCCAUUAAGACCCUUCAAGUCAAGGAUCAUCGUUGUGAGGAGUUAACCAAUGAUAACCUGAUUCUCCUUGAGGAGAGAGACACACUCCAGCUCCGCCUUAGUUCUAUGAUGCGCCAGGUCGAGAGUGCAGCGAGUAGCCGGGCAAUGACCCCGGUCCCAGGCGGUCAGCCCAGUCCUAUAAUGCCUGUUUAUCAGCCGCAAGCUCAGAUUAUUGAACUUCAUCAAAAGUUAGAGGAGUUACGAAGAUUGAACUACUCCCUGGAUGUGGAGUUACAGAAGGAGAGAGGGCAGAGGGAGUCCAUGCAGCAGAGGGUGAUGGCACCUAGGAGUAGACAAGCUGAUCACAUGCUUAACACAGGACAACAAGCAGAUAGUCCAGUUAAACAUUUGUGAUUUUGAAGAAUAGUCCAGCUGAACCCUUAUUCAGAAUCCUGAAUUAGGUUGUAUUUGUGCGUCAAUGGAUUAGUGCAGCUGAACAUUUGUGAUUCUGUAUAAGUGCUUUUGAACUUUACAGGCAGACAGGUAUAAUUCUUGUGAUUCGUUAGGCUAGGCUAAGCAUUUGUGAUUCAGCAUAUUAUCAAUUCAAGCCAUUGUGAUUCAGGAGUCAGCCAUAUUAAGAUUUUCUGAUAAAAUUAACUCCCUUGUCUAAUCACUUCUAUGAUUCAGCUGACAACCUGUCAAUCAUUAGUGAUUUAGCUGACAACCUGUCAAUCAUUAGUGAUUUAGCUGACAACCUGUCAAUCAUUAGUGAUUCAGCUGACCACCUGUCAAUCAUUAGUGAUUUAGCUGAGAACCUGUCAAUCAUUAGUGAUUUAGCUGAGAACCUGUCAAUCAUUUGUGAUUUAGC